AGUUUCUGUUUUUGUUCCUGAAGUUUAUAUCUCAGGAAGCAAUUGGUCUUAGGAGUAAGGGCUUCAUAAAAUUAUUUGUAUAGGUGCUUUUCAUUGGUCUGGUGCUUUUCCACUGACCUUUUCCUUUGAUCUAUCCAGGCUCUCAGGCCUCCUGCCAAGAUGUCCUGCCAGCAGAACCAGCAGCAGUGCCAGCCCCCACCCAAGUGCCCCUCACCCAAGUGUCCCCCAAAGAGCCCAGCACAGUGUCUGCCUCCAGCCUCCUCCUGCUGUGCUGCUCCAAGCCCUGGGGGCUGCGGUGGCCCCAGCUCUGAGGGCAGCUGCUGCCUGUGCCACCACAGGCGCCACAGGUCCCAUCGAUGCCGGCGCCAGCGAUCCAACUCCUGUGACAAGGGCAGUGGUCAGCAAGAUGGGGCCUCCAGCUGUGGCUAUGGCUCUGGGGGCUGCUGCUGACCUAAUUCCUGAUGCGGAGACAAGCGACUUUAAUGGAAACAAGCAUCUGAAGGACCAAGGAAAAGCCCCAACUUGGUGGAUCCUUUCUUAGACAUCCUAAUUAAUCAUU